AUGACGCCCCGCAUUAAAAGGCUCAUCAAACAGAGAAACUGGGCCUUCCAUACCUGCUCCAUACAAUACAGGAAACUAAGGAACAAAUACUCAUGCCCUGUUGACUGGAAAACAUCAUUUGUCACACCCAUCCCUAAAACUGCCAGCCCACAAUCACUAAAUGACCUUAGGCCAGUCGCUAUCACACCCAUCCCUAGCCUCAUCUGUGAAGACUUUGUGUUUGACUGGGCAUACAACAAAAUCAGUUCCUUCUUAGACAUUCAGCAAUUUGGCAAUAUCAGAGCCACCUCUACCUCUCACUACCUAGUCAGCUUCCUUGACUUCAUUCAUAGUCACCUGGACAAACGGAACACCUCUCUAGCAGUCGCUUUUGUGGACUUCAAGAAAGCUUUUGAUCUGGUUGACCACACUGUUGUCAUUAACAAAGCCAUCAGUCUGGGUCUUCCUCUCACCUGA